AGUUCUUAUUAUUAUUACCCAAUUUUUGUUUCGCAAUAUACCGUAUUUUAGUUAAUUUGGUUAAGUUUCCUCGACUUGGCUCUUUCAAAAGCGCUAGUUAUUUUAUUUACUCUGCUUUCAUUUCUUGGAUUUUGUGUUUCAACCCUCAUUGAGAAGAAAUCCUAAAUUUUAGUUGGGUUUGAGUGAGAGUAACAUUGCUGAGUAUAUUCAGUUGCAUGGAACUUUGAUUAUAGUUUUUUCAGAGAUUGGGCUGAAUCGCUGAAAUGGGCGUGUUGAGUUUAUAUUUGGGCAGUGUGGGGGCGGCGUAUAAGAUAUAUUGAAGAAGGUGUUGAAUUUUCUGGGCGCGUAGAUGAGAGGGACAUAUGAAGGGUUUCAGUUACAAUGAAUGGGGGCUUUUCUGGGUAUUCGUUCAAGUUCUGGUUCUUUAGACAAAAAGCUACAGAGAAGAUUUCCACUUAUUCAAACAGCACGAAAGCUUUCCAAGAUGGUUAAGGAGAAAGAGAAGCUCUUCGUGUGGUUCAUCAAGGUUGCUAAGCGAAUGAGCAUCGGAAUGCUGUUACUCUUUGCCAUUUCAGCUGCAAUUUUCUUCUGGGUUUUGAACGUUGAAAAAGGCGAAGGAUCACAGGAAGUAAACAGCGUGCAGAACAAAAAUGUUAAUGAAAGCAUUGUGAACAUAACUUCAUAUAUGGCAUUGCCUCCUCCUCCCCCUAGCCAAUUUCUGGGCUACACUCUUCCUCCUGGGCAUCCCUGUAAUAGUUUCACACUGCCUCCCCCACCAGCAGAUAAAAAACGCACUGGACCACGGCCAUGCCCCGUAUGUUACCUACCUGUGGAAGAAGCCAUAGCACUAAUGCCAAAGUUUCCAUCACCGUCACCGGUUCUUCAGAAUUUGACUUAUAUCUAUGAGGAAAAUUUGAGAAGAGAUGGAGAAUUUGGUGGUUCUGACUUUGGUGGAUAUCCUACUUUGAAGCAGAGAACUUAUUCUCAAACUAUACAACCGUCAAUGAAUAUUCACUGCGGAUUUGUUCGUGGAAUCAAACCUGGCCGCAACACAGGAUACGAUAUGGAUGAGGAUGACCUUCUGUAUAUGGAGCAGUGUACUGGCAUAGUUGUUGCAUCUUGCAUAUUUGGAAAUUUUGAUGAGAUAAAUGAGCCAUCAAAUAUAAGUGAAUAUUCGAAGAAGACUGUAUGCUUCCUUAUGUUCAUAGAUGAAGAAACAGAAAAAUAUCAGAGAAGUUCUGGCAGGCUGGAUAGCAGCAAGAAAAUUGGGUUAUGGAGAAUUAUUGUUGCACGUAAUCCUCCUUACACUGAUGGUAGACGUACUGGGAAGAUUCCAAAGCUUCUGAUACAUAGAAUGGCUCCAAAUGCCCGCUAUUCUAUAUGGCUUGAUGGAAAGCUUGAGCUUGUUGUUGAUCCAUAUCAAAUUCUUGAAAGGUUUUUGUGGAGAAAGAAUGCAACUUUCGCAAUAUCUAGACAUUAUAAGCGGUUUGAUGUAUUUGUUGAAGCUGAGGCAAAUAAAGCUGCUGGAAAGUACGACAAUGCCUCAAUUGACUUUCAGAUUGAGUUUUAUAAGAAUGAGGGAUUGACCCCAUAUACAGAGGACAAAUAUCCCAUCAUAAGUGAUGUUCCCGAAGGAUGCGUAAUUGUCCGAGAGCUUAUUCCUAUUAGCAACCUCUUAACUUGUCUAUGGUUCAAUGAAGUUGAUCGAUUUACGUCAAGGGACCAGAUAAGCUUUUCCACCAUAAGGGACAAAAUUCGGUCUCAGGUGGAUUUCCAUUUUAACAUGUUCUUGGAUUGUGAAAGACGCAAUUUUGUAGUUCAGAAAUACCAUCGGGAUGUAAUGGAGCGCAUCAUAGCUCUGCGUCCUCCUCCAUCUGAGCCCCUAUCUCCGCCUCCGCCUUCACCUCCACCACCAUUGCCGAUAAGUCCGCCUCUGGUGGGAGACCCUGGACAACCAUGGAGAGAUUGGAGGUCGGCCUCUAUGUACAACCGCAAAGCUUUUCCGGGCAAUGGAGAUAAUGGUGCAAAUUAA